GCAUUUCUCUUUUCCUGCCUCUUUCUCUCUCCAUCUCUCCCCUCAUCUUUCUACCGCCAUAUAAUUAUUCUCUACUUCCUCGGGUUGAAGCUGGUCUCGUUAUCAUUCUUCUGAUAGUCCUCCCUCUGCUUUCCCUAUCAUUUCUCGAGACGCGCUCCCCUCCCUACCGGUUUUCCCACUUCCUCCGCCCGGAUCGGUCUUCCCUCUCCGCUCCGCAAAGUCCGUUUUUCUGCGUCGGCAUUUUUGGCCUCCAGCUCGAGACCAACUCUCCUCGGUCCUCCCGGAGCUUCUUUCACCUGUGCCCGCAGCCUCUUUCGUCCCUCUCUAGCAGUCGCCUCUUCCAGAAACCUCAAGAGCUCAAUGGCGGUCCCCGAACAGAUCCCCGGGCAAGAAUAUGACUAUGAAGCCCUCCCUUCCAACUACGGCUUAGGCGCCAACAUGUUGGCUGGCGCCUUCGCAGGUAUCGCAGAACACUCCGUCAUGUAUCCAGUAGACUUGCUCAAGACUCGCAUGCAAAUCUUGCAUCCUACGACUGGAGGGCUCUACACAGGCUUGACCAAUGCGGUUUCGACGAUCUACCGGAUCGAGGGCUGGCGGACACUGUGGAAAGGUGUCUCGAGUGUGAUUGUUGGCGCUGGUCCCGCUCACGCCGUGUACUUCGGAACAUAUGAGAUGGUGAAGGAAUUGGCAGGUGGUAAUGUUGACGAUGGCCACCACCCGGUCGCUGCAGCCCUGAGCGGUGCCUCUGCGACUAUUGCUAGCGACGCCUUGAUGAAUCCCUUUGACGUGAUCAAGCAACGUAUGCAAGUGCAUGGCUCGGUACAUAAGAGCCUUCUUCAAUGCGCCCGGUCCGUUUACCGCACAGAGGGUUUCCAGGCAUUCUACGUCUCCUAUCCGACCACCCUCUGCAUGACUGUUCCCUUCACCGCCACUCAGUUUGUCGCCUACGAGUCCAUCUCCAAGAUCAUGAACCCGUCGCAAGACUACGAUCCUUUUACGCACUGUAUGGCCGGUGGUCUCGCGGGUGCGUUUGCGGCCGGUUUGACCACCCCGCUCGACGUGGUCAAGACGCUGCUGCAGACUCGGGGGUUGGCGCAAAACGAGGAAAUCCGUUCAGCCAAGGGAUUGUUCAAUGCGGCGGCUAUCAUCAAGCGGCAAUUCGGCUGGAAGGGUUUCCUGCGUGGCGCCCGUCCCCGCAUUAUUUCCACCAUGCCCAGUACUGCCAUUUGCUGGACCUCGUAUGAAAUGGCCAAGGCCUACUUCAAGGGCCAGCCGGACAACUAAACCCAGUUUCCUUUUUCCAAAUGGCCCGAUGCAUGAAUCCAACACAUCUCAGCUUUCAAACCACUUCUUCGCUUCCUUCCUCUUGCAUGCCACCCCGGGGGGAACAAACACGCAACAACCCCCAUCACAUCAACCUACUCAACUUCCUCUCAUAUUCAUUCCAGGAUAGAAUA